CUGGUCUCACUACAGCAACGAGUGCGACCUCGCCAAUCAGGCUUCUGGUGGUGUAUGACGUCACCAUCCGGGAACAAGAUGGCUGCGUUUGUUUUGUGAAGGAGUCUUUCUGUCUGUUCGCUAUAGAGAUGCGGUCACAUACGGUUUUGCGUGUUUUGUUGUGUUUUCUUAGCCUUUUCUGAUAUUAAAACACAACUCACACGCACAUACAAACAAAUAAUCUACGUGUUUACUGCUAAAGUUUCCCCGGGUAGAGGCCGGAAACGGGGAGAGUCAGAAUAUGGACGGCGGAGAGUACCUGUCAGCGAUGGAUAAUAUGGACCCUACUCUGUCCGAACUGGGAGACGAGUUCACCCUGGGGGACAUUGAUGAAAUGCUGCAAUUUGUGAGUAACCAGGCUGAUUUUCCUGACCUGUUUGAGGAUCAGGUUGGAUCAGUGCCCCUGCAGGCUGGAGUGGGAGCUAACAUUCGGUCUGCAGCUCAGUCGUCCGCUGCUGGGCUACAGAAUAACCCGGUGACCCUAACACCCACCACCCCAGCACCUGCCCUGCCACUCACACCACCACACACACCUGUACAGACCGUCACAGCAAGUCAACAAACCCGUGCACCGCCACUGCUGCAGCCCAGACCACAGCCUCAGCAACACAUACAGGUGGCUGCAGCCCCAAUGCCUCUGCAGACGCAGACAGUGGCAGUUCAGUCUCAGAGUUUUCCUGUGCAGACGCUGGCUGUGCAGGCUCACACUCAGACACUUCCUGUGCAGACACAGGCACAGACGGUGAUGAUCGCUCCCACAGCACCGCAGUCACGAUUCAUACAAAACCCAGUCAUCUGCCACCAGAACCCAAACACCAGCUUCCAGGUCCUUCAACCACAGAUGCAGAGCAUUGUAACAUCACCGCAGGUUCAGCCAAUGACCAUCCAGCACCAGCGUUUGUUAACUCCUCCUUGUCAGACAAUUCAGACACUGUCCACAGCACCCACUGCUGUUCACACCAUGUCACCGCAGGUGCAGCAGGUGCAACAAGUGCAGCAAGUGCCUGUGUUGGUGCAUCAGCCGCAGAUUCUAAAGACAGAUUCAUUGGUUUUGACCACAUUAAAGCCUGAUGGAACCCAGGUUCUCUCCACCAUGCAGAAUCCAACUGGAAUCACCACACUCACCACACCACUGCAGACUGCACUGCAGGUUCCUACACUGGUGGGCAGUAACAUUCUGACCACUGUUCCAGUUGUCAUGGGCGGUGGCGACAAGUUGCCAAUCAAACAACUCCAGUCAGGCCCCACCCACAGCGGGGGCAUAACCAGAACUGUAGUGGAGCAAAGCACAGCUGUUACCACGGCAACAGGUGGAGUGGUGAAGGAGGGCGAAAGGAGGACAACCCACAAUAUCAUUGAGAAGAGAUACCGCUCAUCCAUAAACGACAAAAUCCUUGAGCUCCGAGACCUCGUCAUGGGCAGCGAUGCCAAGAUGCAUAAGUCAGGUGUGCUGCGGAAGGCGAUAGACUACAUUAAGUACCUGCAGCAAGUGAACCACAAGCUGAGGCAGGAGAACCUGGCACUAAAGAUGGCCAGCCAAAAACACAAAGUGAUAUGUGUGGCAGAUGAUGUGGAGAUGAAGCCAGAUGUGUGUGUGAUGACUCCACCCCCUUCGGACUCUGGCUCCAGUUCUCCACCUCAGUCCUCUCCGUUUUGUCUGGACUCAGAGCCAGGCAGUCCACUGCUAGAACAUGAGCAGGUGAAGAGUGAGCCAGCUUCCCCCUCCUCCUCUGUUGGUGUGAUGGACCGCUCCAGAGUGCUGCUCUGCGCUUUGACCUUCCUGUGUCUGUCCCUGAACCCUCUACCCUCCCUUCUGGGCUCUGAUGAUAACAGUGCCCCUUCAUGGCCUGGAGGAGAAGGACAUGGACCCUCUAGAUCACUCGUCUGGCUGCCUGCACAGACACAGAGCUUCGCAGCGUGGCUGUGGUGUGUGUUGCCGUGGGUGACGGUGUGGGUGUUGUCUGGUGUUGGAGUGGUAUGGGGGUGCGUGAGGAUUUUGUAUUUGUGGGAGCCAGUAACACCCCUGCACUCUCCAACAUCAGUGCUGUUCUGGAGACACCGCAAACAGGCCGACCUACAGCUCUUUAGGGGUGAUUACGGCGCUGCAGUGGUCAGUUUAGAGACAUGUCUUUCUGUUUUAUCUCGGGCUCUACCCUCUUCCAACUUGGACCUCGCCUGCUCUCUCUCCUGGAAUCUGAUUCGCUACUGCUUGCACAGACCCGCCCCCUUUGGCUGGCUGGUGCGUCUCGUUGGUGGAAAACAUGAGGGAGAGGAGUCUCAGACCAGCUCUAGAGAUGCAGCUCUAGUCUACCAUCGACUUGGCCAACUGCAGCUUACAGGUAAAAUGUUGGAGCGCAGUGCACUGUGGGGUGUCUGUGUAUGUCUGAAUGCUGUUAAUCUGAGUGAAAGUGCACAGGGAAAGAUGAACCCUACUGAGCAUGCUCAGAUUUACAUCUCUGCUGCCAUUGCACUUCGUACUGCACUGGGAAACCACCUCACAUAUCUACCUGGUUAUCUGUUGAGUUGUGCGGAGAGUUUAAUUGGUCAUUCAGACUCUAAGCCCCUCCCAGACAGCCUACGUUGGCUCUUCACUCCUUUAGGCAGGCAGUUUUUCCUGAGCUGUGAUUGGUCUGUGAAGCCAGAGAGCAGUGGAGGGGUUUACACUUCUGAGAGAGAACAGGCGGAUCCUAUCGCACAGCUGCAUCGCUGUUUCUGUGAAAAGCUUUUGGAAAGAGCUGUCCACACACUCAUCCAACCACACACUGACACAGAGACAAGCAAACACAGGGAAGAGAGCGGAGAGUUCAGUGGUGUGUUGGAGUUUCUGCAGUUGUUGAACAGCUGCACUGAAGACUCUGCCUCCCCCGCUCCACCCUUCCCUGCUCUAGCCAAUCACAAUAUGGCACCAGUGGGAGACCCUGUGUGCCGCUGGUGGGCAUCCAUCCUGAAGGCAUCUGUUCACUGGCUGCAAGGUGAUGAUGUGUCUGUGAGGUUAAUGCUCGCAGAGGUGGAACGAAUGCCCAGGGCUCUGCACUCAAUAGACCACCCAUUGUCUAAGGCUGCGCUGGCGCUGUGUAAGGCAGUGCAGAUGAGUGUGUGUCCACAGAAGGGAGAGGGAACGUUGAGCUGCAUCACACACUGUGAUCGGGCCAGUGCUUACCUGCAUUCCAGCAUCUCACACACACACACCUACACUUGGUUGCACAAGGGAAUGGAGCUGCUGAUGUGUGACCUUCUGCUCACUCUGAGGACCAGCCUAUGGCAACGAGGAGGCGGAGCCAAUGGAGAGCCAGGCCCUGCCCCCAGUUCACAGUUGGCUGGAUUCCAGAGGGACCUGAGCUCUCUUCGUAAACUAGCUCAGGGUUUCCCCCAGGCUCAGCACAAGGUGUUUUUGCAUGAGACUACAGUUAGGUUAAUGGCAGGAGCAAGUCCAACUCGCACACACCAGCUACUGGAGCACAGCCUGCGUCGAAGAACACACACUUAUACAGAAGGCGUAUGUGUUGCGGGUGAGCGUGAGAGAGCACAUGCCAUCCUGCUGGCCUUCAGCCAUCUGCCUGUACCCCUGCUGACCCCUCCUGGACACCGUGCCCGUAUGCUUGCAGAGGCCAAACGCACACUGGAGAGAGCAGGGGACCGCCGUACACUCACAGACUGCCAGCAUAUACUGCUGAGAGGGACCACCAUCACCUCAUAAACACAUACACAUACUGCACAUAGUGGGAUCAAUCCAUGUAAAAGUCACUGAGAACCUCUCAACUGACCCUCUCUGAUUUGCUUUUGAUGCUAGAUGCCUGGAAUUUUAAGAGAUUGUUUAGUUGAAGGUGCAUUUAAAAUUAUUUUAUGGUAGACUUUGGACUUUGGCAAUUAUUCCUUCUAUGAUUUUAAUUUUUAAUAGCUCAUCAGUCAGAAACCUGUAUUACAUUACAAGGCUAAAACCAUUUUUUAAAAGAGUGUUGAGAUAUUAAAGGGGUAAUAAAUACCAGUUAUAGAAAGAUGUUUUGUUCAAAAGCACACAAAAAUAAUACUGCAUUUCUCUAUCUUCGCCUUAAAACAAGGAAUAAUCUCUCAAAUUUCUGACCUUUUUCUGGACCACUUAGAUACAAGCAUCGCUUUAAAAAGCCUGUGCGAUAAGGCAGUGUAAUUGGAUUGACAAGUAAGCUGAUGACGAUGAUUCAAAGGCAGAAAUUGCCAUGUUGGUAAAGAGAACUCAACUAGGAUGGCUAAUUUUAAACAGCUUUAUAAAUAAUUUUAAAUAAUAUGUACACGUAAUGUUUUAUUGUAAAUAAAAAUACAGUAUAUUUUAUGGGGCAUUAAUAAGACGUACUUCCCAGUUUCUACUGGAGGUUUCUAAAAGUGCGAAAUACUAUCUGAGGAAAAUUACUAGCAUUUUCUGUACAGUGUCCUGUACAGUGUCUGCUAAAAUGAAGAAACACCAAAUUUUUUGUAUGUGUAGUACAUGGACAUGGCACUGGGGCUCACUGCUCACAUUCUGCAGUGUGAAAAUUCUCCAACAGGGAAAGUUAUUAGCAAGCUAGUGGCUGAUGUGUGCUUCCAGAGAAAAAAUAUUCAUGAACCCAGUGAUACACUUGAUCAUCCUGAUUUUUCAACAAGAAAGUAUUGCACUAAAUGUUUUAGACAUCGUCCAGGCCUAGUGUAUACUGCUCACAAUAACAUUGAUUUCUAAAAAUAUUAAGCAAAUCUGAGGUGGUCAAUAAGAGAGUUUAUGAAAUCAGAUUACUGCACUUCACCGCUGUACACACACACAGCUGCUGGGUUGGCAUACACAUAGUAAGCUUAUGUACUCAGGCUUGAGGCCUUACUGAUAGGAAUUUCCUCUUGAUGCAGACACACACAAACAACUAACCAACACAGAGACUCACACUCAAACACACAUAUAAGAGGAAUUUAGGCUGAUGAGGUUUGAUUAGAAUUAAAACCUCAUCACAGCCCAGUGUGUCUCUAUCUACCUCACACACACACACACACACACACACACACACACACACACACACUGCACAGUGCUUUAACAUCCCUCACAUUCACCCACCCUCCCAUUCUACACAUUGUGCAUGAAGUGGAACCUGCAACCACACACACACACACACACACACACACACACACACAGCAGGAACCCUUAUGUACAGUACUGUGCAAAUACCACCUUUCAUUUAUUUAAUUUUCAGUCAAAACAGCCAUUAAGUACAAGUUUUUGCUUCAAAUCUAAAAGAAAUCUACAGAUGUUUCUUCCAUCCUUCCACUGUGAGAAUACAGCUCAACAUGGUGGGUUUGAAAGGACAUGUAGCUGUCAAGAAGCCAUUACAGAGAAUUUUAGUAUCAUGCAAACAUUUUAAUCAUCUACAUUUGGAAUUUCAAUAUAUGUUUAUUACUUUUUUUCCUGGCACUGAAAAUGAUUAACUUGUACUUAAUGGCUGUUUUGACUGGAAAUGAAAUAAUUGAAGGUGGUCUCUGAAUUUUGCACAGUAGUGUGCAAUUAUUAUAUAAUUAUAUACAUUGUAGACAUUGUACAACACAACACCUAUUUCUGAAACAUGAGCUUAUAGAAUCUAUUAUUUAUUCAGAAUGAUAACACCCACAUUCACUCAAUUACACACACACACAUCAGAUUGUAUAUAAACUGUACAUAGCAUUGUAGAGACCAAAGUCUUAAAUAAAGCUUAGUGGAAUCACUUCACCAGUACAUGAGCGAGAGAGAGACUGAGGUAGAAUUGGGGUAAUAGAUAGUGUACAGCUAGAAAAUGGUCUGUCACAGAUUUUAAUUCUUUUUUUUACCAUGCUUUCUCCAAGAUGGUUUUUUUUUUUUAUUUGGUGGUUUUGCCUGUCAGAGCUGCGUGUGUGUGUCUGGGAAUUUAAUGAGCUGUUUAUUUGUCACAAAAACUUUGUUCAUUUAUUUGUUCUUGUAUAUUUUUUCCCUCAUCUUUUUCGACCAGUAACUUUUCCUGGCAUUUUUUACAGUUCUGGUUGUCAGUUUGUCCUGCUUGCUGACACAAAAAAUAUCAGUUAAGAAUUUUGGGCUAUUCAAUAUUUUUUUGUUUUUCUUCAGUAAAACGCUGCCUGUGUGUGUGUUUACGAGGAGGUUGACGUGAUUUUAUAGGUAAUUUCUAUUUCUUGUGGAUUUGAAUGCUCACAACUAAAACUGUAGCUAAAGGUUUAUCUAGACUGUUUGCAUUUCGAUAGUGGAGCUUUGUGUGUGUGUGCGCGUGUGUGUGUUUUAAAGCCCUAUAAUGGACUGAUCUGACUGGGUGGAAUUUCUGCUGAAUCGUGUUACAAAUGGCUCCUCUUACACGCUUCCCUUUAAAUGUGUUUGCUUUUUCCUGUUUAUUUUGUUUUGUAAUAAAACAGCAGAUGGCAUUCAACAACA